GGCUGACGGGGGCGGCGGGAUGGCGUCCCCCCGAGCGGCUCCGUGCGACGCGGGCUUGCCGCCCCGCGGCAGCCCCGGAGCCUGGCAGGUUUGGUCGCGGGUCAGGCUGGAGGCAGUUUCUGGAGAGGUUCGGCCGAGGGUCCCGGUGGUGUUGGUGCAGGGUCGUGCCGGGGUUGGGCUAGCAGCCUUGCGGGUGGUUCUGCAGGCCCGGCCCCGAGAGCGGUGUGCCCUCCUGCCCCGGUCUCCGGGGGUGGCAGCACACAGUGCUUGUGCCCCCAGUGCCAGCGAGCUCCCUGCGUGGUCCACCAAACCCUGUCCAUUGGUAGUAUCUCGCUGCGUGAUGUCCGUCUGCGGGUGCUUUACCGUCUGGGAGCUAAAUAGCUUCGGAAAUAAAGCUUUGCUCAACUCGUAGUCCCGAGCACCAUGUUCACAUCCCUCCGAGAGCCGAUCUGGUGCAUCUAAGUCCCUUUCCAGCUGCCAAACUCAUAGGCAUUGCUCAGCAGGUUCUAGUGACUCCCUUCCCAGCUAAUUCGGCAACUGUCUUACGUGGAGAUGCAGACAGUACUGACAGAAUGUGAGGCACUUGGCUCUUGCAGCAGGAAAAAAUGGCAUUGGUAGUAAGUGGGUGUGUUGGUUAGUUCAGGCAGUUGGCACCGCACUAAUAGGACUGCCACUGUGGGGAGCAUUACAUUGCCCUGGAGUCGAUUGUUUGGCCUCACUCGCUGAGCUUUCUGUAAAAUAUGUUAGAGCCUGUGCUGGGAGGGAGCAAUUCCUCCACAACGCAGGGCUGUGACUCUUGGCAAGAAGGGAAAACAGCGCUUUGCUACUGUUAGAUCUUCUCCAUGGGCAGGAUUGUCCCCUGCAGCUGCAGUUUAGUUUUUGUUCCUUUUAGCCGAAGGCUGGACAGCCCCCUGUGGUUUCAGCACAGCUUCCUGUCCCUGGCUACCCUGUGCAGUAUGUGGCCCAGCAAGUCUAGGCUUGUUGCUUUUCCAGUCUCAGCUGCCUUGAAAGAGACCCACCCCCUUAUUUAGGUGACAGCGCAGUAUGUGAAUGUGUUUUUCUUGGAGCUGGAAAGUUGAUAGAUAGUAAGAGAGGAAAUCCUUCUGCAAGUACCCCUUUCUCACUGCAUAGCUCUGCUGCCCGGGAGCUGACCUGACAAUUCAGAACUUCUUUCUGUUGGCCUUUUGCCACCAUAAGCACUGCUGUGGUUAGGAGCUGAGCUAGAGGGCUAUUGCCUCUCCUGACAUGCAAAUCAGUGUCCAGAGAAAAGGAGUUGCUUAGUGUUGGUGGCCCCAUUUAGUCUGCCAGAGUACUUGGCUUCCUGCAGGCUCCAGCCCUUUCUCAGUGGUCCUUAGACCAAAUCAGUGGAAAAAUUACUUCAAUAUUGGCUAUACGUUCUCUUUGGAAAGCUGGAGCCUGUUGUGUUUGCAGUGAGCUUUAUGAGUACCCAGGCCAUUCUCUGACAACCCAGUCAGGCUCCCGCCCUUCCUGGAAAAGUUCUUCUGAGCAGGUUGUGUACAGACAGUCCCGAUCAGGUCUGGUUCUCCAGAACUGCCAGGCCAGUGACCAGCCUGCUUUACUGCAAAGAAGCCAAUAGCUUGCUGCUUUAUGUCUGUAGUCCUUCUCUCUUGCAGAGAGAAGAUAUGCGAGGAUAUGGAAGUCAUGGAGUCAAUGAAAAACUAACUGAGGGAGGGAGGGUAUCAGUGUGCAGGAGAGGAGGCAGCGACUUUUGUUCCCCGUCCCCUGUUUCUGUGCACAUUCAGUGGAUGGAAGCUGGUGGAUAGGGUGGGAGUGGGGUGCUGUGGGUGGCAUUGUGGGUCAUGGAUGGGUGAGAGGGGAGACUUUUAAUCAUCUGCUGGCCUGUGCCUUUUUGAAACUGGAACUCUCUCUCUGUGACUGUUAGACUGGACCUAUUCUUUACUGGCAGUUAAAAAAAUCCCCCCAAAACAGUAUUAUCCCGUGUCCCUCUCUAGUUUUGUCCUCUGGUUUUCAUCAUGUGGGAUGCUAACAGCAGAAACAAACCUAAAGCAGAAGAUGGGAACAUCGAGUACAAGCUAAAGCUAGUGAAUCCCUCGCAAUAUCGCUUUGAGCACCUGGUGACACAGAUGAAGUGGCGACUACAGGAAGGCCGAGGUGAGGCUGUCUAUCAGAUCGGCGUGGAGGACAAUGGGCUGCUUGUGGGCCUCUCAGAGGAGGAGAUGCGUGCCUCACUCAAGACACUGCGCCGUAUGGCAGAGAAGGUUGGGGCUGACAUUACGGUGCUGCGGGAGAGGGAGGUCGAUUACGACAGUGAUGUUCCAAGGAAGAUAACGGAGGUGCUUGUCCGAAAGGUGCCUGACAACCAGCAGUUCUUAGACCUGCGAGUAGCUGUGCUGGGGAAUGUGGACUCAGGGAAGUCAACCCUGUUGGGUGUCCUAACGCAAGGAGAGCUGGACAAUGGGCGGGGCAGAGCACGCCUCAACCUCUUCCGGCACCUCCAUGAAAUCCAGUCAGGAAGAACAUCGAGCAUCAGCUUUGAGAUCCUUGGCUUCAACAGCAAAGGAGAGGUGGUAAAUUACAGUGACUCCCGAACAGCAGAAGAGAUCUGUGAGAGUUCUUCCAAAAUGAUCACUUUCAUUGACCUGGCUGGCCACCACAAGUAUCUGAAAACAACCAUCUUUGGCCUCACCAGCUACUGCCCGGACUUUGCUAUGCUGGUGGUUAGCGCUAACACUGGCAUUGCAGGAACAACACGAGAGCAUUUGGGCUUGGCCAUGGCCCUCAAGGUCCCCUUCUUCAUUGUCAUCAGCAAAGUUGACUUGUGUUCGAAAGCCACCGUGGAACGCACAGUGAAGCAGCUGGAGCGAAUCCUGAAGCAGCCAGGCUGCAACAAGCUCCCCCUGCUUGUGAACUCAGAUGACGAUGCUGUUACAGCAGCACAGCAGUUUGCACAGUCUCCCAACAUCACCCCAAUCUUCACACUGUCUAGUGUUUCUGGGGAGAACCUGGAUCUCUUGAAAGUCUUCCUUAACAUCCUCCCUCCACUGACCAACAGUAAAGAGCAGGAAGAACUAAUGCAGCAACUCACAGAGUUUCAGGUUGAUGAAAUUUAUACUGUGCCAGAGGUGGGGACUGUUGUGGGAGGAACUCUGUCGAGUGGGAUCUGCCGAGAAGGGGAGAACCUGGUGGUCGGUCCCACUGAUGACGGGAAGUUCCUCCGGCUGAAAGUGUGCAGUAUCCAACGCAACCGCUCUGCCUGCCGCGUACUGCGGGCUGGGCAGGCAGCCACGCUGGCCCUCGGACCCUUCGACCGCUCCCUGCUGCGCAAGGGCAUGGUCAUGGUGAGCCCAGAAAUGAACCCCACCAUCUGCUCAGUGUUUGAAGCCGAGAUCGUGCUGUUGUUCCAUGCCACGACUUUCCGGAAGGGCUUUCAGGUGACGGUGCACGUGGGGAAUGUGCGACAGACUGCUGUUGUAGAGAAGAUCCAUGGAAAGGACAAGCUGCGGACAGGAGAGAAGGCAGUUGUCCGUUUCAGGUUCAUCAAGCAUCCUGAAUACUUGAAGAUCGGAGCCAAGCUGCUUUUCCGUGAAGGAGUCACCAAAGGCAUUGGGCAUGUCACUGACCUCCAAGCCAUCAUCACCAAAGAAAACGGCCUGGAGGAGUCCCUGGGGCCUGGACAGCUGAGCUUCUGACUACCACUAAGUCAGAGAGAUCUCCACUCACCAACACCUGGGGAGAAGGAUGGAAGCUCCUGUGGCUCUCUGAGUGAUGCCUGGAGCUGCUGCUGUUCCAUUCUAGCAUGGGUGUCCCUCCUCCGCACUGUGAGAUGGAGCCUGGGAGAGUUUCUCACAUUCAGUGCCGUACAUGGGGCAAUUUAAGCAUGUUCUCCACAUUGCCUGCAGCUUUCAUUACUCUGUCCUCCUUCAGAAUAGAUCAGAGGCACCUGCAGACCUGGGCAGGCAAGUUCUGGCUUUGUUUACUGUUUGAAAAUUACUGGUUGGGAGGAGGAGAACCCUUGAAGACUAGCAGUGAAGGGAUGUUUUUCCAUCUCUCACACAAGAUCUGGUCCCAUUUCUGCUCUCUGAGCACUAGGUUGGUAACAAUCCUCUCUUGAGUCAUCCUGCAGCACAUCCCUCUGGGCAGGGGAUGGAAGAGGCCCUGCUACCCACAGCAGGGACUUGCUUGAACUUCUCAAAACGCAUUCAGGACACUUUUUAACCGUUUUAAUCUCGGUUGGCUUUAAUCUGCUGUGUGUCCAUUUGUGUGUUGGUUUUGCAUUACUCCAAUCUGAGUGUCUUACUGUUGGACAAGUGUCCUGUUCCCCACUCACAUGUACACACCUUCAGCAUCCCAUUUUCCGACUCCCGGGAAGCUGCGGCUGCUCCGAGUGGCACAGCUUCCCGAUGUAAUGGUGUGAAGGCAAGGCAGAGUUGGUACUUGCAUCUGUUCCUUGCAGCAGCUGGGCAGGAGGCCAUUCUGUGGAGCAGAGCGGAGCCUGGGCCUGUGCUGGUGUGUGCAGGUUCUUUCUGUGGAUGUUCAGCUGCAGGUGUCACCUGCAUGUCUGCAGCAGUGGUUUGCAGUGGGCUACCUGGUGUGGCUAUUCCAGGGCCCGGCCCAGCUUACUCCUCAUAUGCUUGCCUUAAUGUGUGAGGAGGACAGGCUGUGUUACUAACACAGAACCAGGUGACUUCUAUUGUUUAGAUGUGAUUUGACAGUGGCGUGAUUUUAUUUCUGUUUCUCCUCGAGAAAGACUUCUUAUCUUUCCCUUGCCACUGGGGUUUGUUGUCAGAGGAAAGUUGGUGUUGCCAGCAAGGACUCUGUGCACAAGAGUGGAGCACAUUUGUCCCCCACUCGCUGUUGUGCAGCUCCCCUGUGUGACUGUUACUCUGGGCCACUCGUAGCUUGGAGGGUGCAGCAGGGGCGGUAUAGCUGUACAUAGGCUUUUGAUUUUCUUGUUGACUGUUAGACCAAAUGUGUCAGCUGUGAGCAACAGGCCUUCAGCCAGCCCUGUCACAUGGCAUGGUGGCCUGCCAGCCCUGACUGAAGGGAAUGGCGAGGGCCUGUGAUAGCACUUGGACACCCCAACAGCCCUUCUACCAUCCUGAGAGCAAGUUCUGCUUCUGGGCUGCUGGCACAGGCAGUGCCUGUGGGGCUGAGCAGCCCAUGCUGAUCUGUAGAUGUCACAAAGCAGCGCUCUCCACUGGGCUGGGCUCGGCUCUAACAGAUGGGGAGGUGGCAGCUGCACCCUGCAAAGAGCAUGCUGGGGUGUGGGGAAGCCAGUGAAAUGGUAGUAUACAUGAAGGGACUCAGAGGCAGCUCAGUAGUGAUGGGAAUGACCUGUCCCUUGGGGGGAGCACUGACCCAGCUGAAAACUCUGCUUGUUCCCCAUCAGCCCAGCAGUGUGACAGGAGUUGCUGGCUCAGGGUCACUGCUCAAGCAGAAUCCCUCUUUCUUCCCAUCCUGGCAGUGCUCUGGUGUUACAGUGACAUGGUCUUUCACCCAUGCCUGCAAGGAAAGGCCCCAGCUGCCAGCAGGCUCUUCCCUUUGGUGCUAGUGGGUCACAAAGAAAGCUGCCUGGGGGGGGUGUACCCCAGCUGUUCGCAGCAGCCCUGGUGUUUUCUGCCCCAAAGCAGGCAUGGGGUGCUGUGACCUCCUCUGAAAUAGCUGAUGGCUAGUCUCACCUCAUCCCUGCCAUCUGUGACAUGACUGUUCUUGGUGCCAUGCUCUUCAUAAUUGCUGUUUUGUUGUCUUGAAUUUUUCUAAUGCUGGGGGUUGUCCCUGUUCCCCAAGCAUCUAUAUACAAAUGUACAGAAUAAAGAUGUUUUAUUGA